UAAUUGAUAAGCUUUUAUUUAGAUAUGUAUAUUAUUUUUUCUUUCUUUGAGUUUAGAGAAACUAUUAGAACAACUAUACAAAUAUUAUUUGUUUUAGAGAAUAUUGAUACUAAACAAUCUGUUAGUAUUUUAUUUAACAUUAGCUUACAGAAGAUUCAAAAAUUGUUAAAAUGAGUUUUCCUUUACAAAAAGUAAGAGUAACUAUUGAUUGAUUUUGUUCAGAGUAAUACAUUAGUUUAUAUUUUUGAUUUUCUUAAAAUAUCUUUUAAUUUGAAAGGCAAUUGGUGGCACAAACUAUUUCCUGUUAAAAUUUUAAUAUGGGAUGGAUUCACCGACAUCUGAAGUGCUAUUGCUCAGUGAAGACGACAGUGGUUUAUUGGUUAACGGUUCAUUUUCAAACAGUUCUGCUAGUAGCAACUUCAAUAAACAUGCAUCACAAUACAAAGUAAACCUAUAUACUUAUUACCUUUUAGUAAAAAUAAAUAAAUCUUUUUUUGUUAAAAACAACUAAAACUCAGUUUAAAACUAAUUGACUAGUAUGGUACAAAUAAUUUCUUUUUUUUUUCAUUACAAAACAUUAAUUUAGAUUUGUUACUAAUUUGUGUAAUUUGUAUAAUUAGUAUUAUUAAAAAAAUUAUUGAUUCAUUAAUUCAAAAUGAUAAUUAUAAAAUAAUUGGGUAUUAUUAUUAAGAAUUAGAUCUAUUAACUGCUAUGUAAUAAUUAACUAGAUAAUGUACCACAAUAAUAGAUAUGAUUUUAAUAAGGCAAGUAAAAUAUAAUACAAAUUCCUACCUUAUUAUGAAUAUUGUGAAUAUUGAAAAAAAUAUUUUUAGUAUUAAAGAAAUACUGAUAUCUAUUGAGGUCUUUAGUUGAUGUAGUUGAUGUAUAAAUUAAGUUGACAUAUCUUUAUAUUUUUUUAUAUUCCUUUAACAUAUUAAAUUCUAUAUUUAAACAAAAAAAAUAUUUAUGAUUACCUAUAAUUUUACGGUACUGGUUUGUUAUUGCCCUGUCAUCCAUAUAACAAUAAAUACAUUAUAUAAAUAUAAAAUAAUUUGACAGAAAAUACAUACGUACAUACCAUUACUAUUAGUUGUUUACCAUAGGUGUUUAUCACAAAUAAUCAAUAAUAUAAUAAUUUGAAAAUAUAUUAAUAUAACAUCACGUGAAUCAUGGAAAGCAUAAAUAUUUUUAUUCAUUUUUUAACAUUAUAUCAUUAUUUUAUAUUUAUUAUUAUUCCAUUUUUUUAAUAUAUCAAUAUAUCGUCAAAUUAUUAGAUUAAUAAAUAUCAAUAAAUAAACUAAACUCAUUAUUUUCUAUAUCGGUUUAUUAUAUUACUAUUUUAUUGAUUAUUUGUAAUAAACACCUAUGAUAUGCACCUAAUUGUAAUGAUACUUAUUUUUCGUCAAAUUGUUUUAUAUUUAUACAAUUUAUUUAUUGUUAUAUGGAUAACAGAGCGAUAACAAAUCUGAGUGGCAGGACUAUAAAGUUUUCACUUGCUGCGGUGUGGCUAUAACAAACCAUUAAUAAUCAUUUAUUUCUCGAUAAAUUUAAAUUAAUAAUAAUCAUUAAACUUAAACAUAAUUUACCAAAAUUAAUAUUGGAAAUCAAUUUUAAUGUUAUGUAAUAGUAAUUAUAUCAUAAUUAUAGACAUGUUUACUAUAUUAAUAGUAAUUUUUAUUCUUACUAAACUUUUAAUUUUAAUUAUUUUUUGUUUAUGUAAUAAGAUAAAAAGACUAAACAAAUUUGGAAUAAAAGUCUGGAAUACAAUUGUGUAAUUAAAACUACUUUUUUUUUUACUGAUAUUUUUGUAAUUGUAAUACAUUUGUAUAUAUUAAAUUUCAAUAAAUAACUAAAUUAUUUAUGUAUUUGGUUUACUUAACUACAUAAGUAUAUAUUUUUUUUAUUUAUAGUGUAAAGAAAGUGAUGACAAAUUAUCAUUUAGUCAAGAAGAUUCUCUAAUCGAUGAUACUGAUAAAUUAUAUAAACAACAGUUUAAUACAUUAAAAAAAUGUUCAAGUGUUCAGAAAUCAGAAAAUCCAAUUCGGCCUCCUGUAGAAUUUCAAGACUCUCCACACAUUUCUUUAAAUGUGUAUUCUCCUCCAUUAGAAUUUAAAGACAAUCAAUAUAAAUAUAUUCGUUCACCUGUAUACACUAAUGAUUGUAUGAUUCGUGUUGAGCAAUAUGCUGAUGGUUUUGUUAAAUCAUUGAUCAACGACUCAUUAAAACAUUUAGAACCACUAAAUGAUACUAGGUAAUAAACAAAUAUUUAGGUAUUUAUGAUUAGUUUACUAUUGUAUUAACAUAUAUUUUUUUAGGUAUUUUAAACAACACAAAUUCUAUCAUAAUUUGGGCAUUUAUUGGAAAACAAAUUUUCGUUUGCCAAAUGGAUCAAACAAUUCCUUGUUGUCAACUAUUUCAUCAUCUCAUAAUUCCUUAUUUAAUGUAGUUUCUUCAGAUGAUUCUAAUUUUAUCUCAUCUUCAGUUUCACAUGAAUUUCUUAAUAGUGACACAUAUACAUUACCGAUUGAUAAUUCCCCUUUUAAUAUUGCUUUUCGGCGACCAUUAAGGAAAAAAAGAAAACUCCGUAAUCAGUGCCAUUCUAUACCUAUCAAUAAAAAGUAAAUAUUACAAAUAUCAGAAAAAAAUUUAUAUUAAUUAUAAUAUUAUUAUUAUUUUUUUACAGAUCAGGAGAAAAAUGUAUCAAUAUCCAAGAACCCAUUCAUAUGACUGUCAAAGAUGUUCAAACAAUUCUUAGCAAUAUUUAUAGCAAUACAGGAGAGUGUAGCAAAACUCAAAUCACAAAUGUAUCAAAAUGUAACAAUGUACCAAAUGAUCACAACAAAGAAAAUUGUAUCAGUAAAGUACUAUCUUCUAAAUCUAAAAUCCAAAAACAUUCUUUUAUGGUGAAUAUUAAACAUAAAAAAUCUAAGGACAAUAGCACUUUAGAAGAUAAUAGUGGUCAUGGUUCUAGUCAUUCAACAAGAAAAAUUUUUUGUUCAUCACCAUUUAUUUCAUCAGCAAAAUCAAAUUUUUCUUUUAGUUUAAAACAAACAUUUUGUAAUAUUUUUCGUUCACGUAAAAGUACAUCAACAGAUUCAGAUCCUGGAUCAAACCCAACAGACACUGUUGUACUUUUAGAUGUAACUAAAGAAACGACUUUUGAAAAACGAGCACUGCCACCAGUACCUAAUGAUGGACCCAGAGACACAUAUGAACGUGAAACUAGUAUGGACUUUGCCACUAGCAUUGAGAAAGUUAAAGAUGUAAGUUUUAUUAUUAUAAACAAUUUGAUUUAUAUUUUAUAUUUUUUGAAAAUAUUUCAGUAUGGAUGGUAUUGGGGUCCAAUAUCAGGCGAAGCUGCUGAAAAAAUACUCUCAAAUGAACCUGAUGGAUCAUUUAUCGUACGGGAUAGUAGUGAUGAUCAUUAUAUAUUUUCAUUAACGUUUAAAUUGAAUGGUUUUGUUCGGCAUGUUAGAAUCGAACAUGACCAAGGUAAAACUCUAAAUAAAUGACAUAGAUAAUAAUAUUGACAUUUUUUAUUAUUAUCUUCAGGAAAUUUUAGUUUUGGUAGCUGUACAAAAUUUAAAAGUCACACAAUUGUUGAAUUUGUAGAAAAUGCUGUAGAGCAUUCCCGUAGUGGAAGGUAUUUGUUUUUUUUGCACAGGCGUCCAAUUCUUGGACCAAUGAGGGUACAAUUACUUCAUCCAGUAUCUCGAUUUAAACAAGUCCAAAGUUUACAACACAUGUGCAGGUAUUUGUGCUUUUAAAUACUAUUUUAAUACAUAAUAAUGAAGUGUAAUGUACAUCCAAAAUAUGAAAACAAAUUUAUGUUAUUGAAUUUAUUAUUCCAUGCUAUAACUCCCUAAAUAAUUAAUGAUAAUGAAAAAUUCAGAUUACAAUAUUUCAAACUGAUAAAGAUUUACUAGUAUAAUCUAAAAUAUACUUAAAUUUAUUUCCUAAAGGUGGUUUUUAAAAGGAAUGUGCAAUUAAAUUUUUAAAAUUGAUAUACAAGUCUUUUGAUAAUUCAAAUUCUAAAUGAACUAAAAAUUAAUUUUAAUUUUUUAUGUUAAAUUACAAAAAUUAUUUUUCAAAUUCGAGUUAGCUAUUAUUAUACUAUUUUUCGUAAUAUUUUUAAGGUUUAAAUAUUCAAAGUUGGAUUUGGUAGAAGAAAUUCUACUUUAACAGAAUUAAAUUGUUUGUUUUUGUUUUACAAUCAAUGUAAUUAUCAAUUAAGAGUAGUACUUUUUAAUUUUUUUUAUCAAAAUUGGAUAACCAUUUUUCAAAUUCACUUGUUGUCUACGCUUUUUACUUGAUUCGUAAUCUAAUGGAUAACCUUUAAAACUCUUAAGUUUUUCAGAUUUUCUGAACAAUCCUCUCAUUUUAAAACAAAUGUUUGACUCGGUACACUUAAAAAAUAAAACCGUUUCAUCAACAUUAUUACAUUAUAAAAUUGUAAUUCAGGGUAAUAUUGAUUAAGAAUUAAUGACGAUUUUAUAUAACUUAAGAAUUUUUAGUUUUCAACACGUAACGAAAAGUGAUGUUGUUCCUACUUUUCCAAUUGCUUAACGAACCUUGACAAACUUUAAACUUUGACUAUGUUUAGUUGUAAGAAACAUUAUCCUUUAAAAUUGGCCCAUUUAUUAAUAUGUUAAUAUCUCUAUCAGGUGAUCCAUUUAAAUUCAUUCAUUAUCUCGGAAAGUAUUAACUUUUUUUGGACUUUGUUUUCUAGAACAUUUAAGAAACAAGUAGCUCUACAAUUUUAAGUUUAUAUUAAUUUUUGGAGGUAAAACCUAAAAUUUCCAAGAGACAAAAAAAAAUUGAGUUAUCGAGGCUAUAUCAUUUUAAAUAAUACCAAUGUUCAAUAUAUAUUUAUAGAUGUAUCAAUAUUUUAUGAAUCUUAUAUAGGUACAUACAUUACUGUUAGUGAAAAUAUUUAUACAAAUAUAAAUAUAAAUAAAUAAUUAUAAAUAUUCAUUAGUCACUACAUACAUAAAUGGCUUGCAUCUUGCAUAAUACACAAUAUAAAUAAUACUAUUAAUUGUUUAUUUUUGUAACCAAUUAAUCAAAAUAAGAAAAGAAUAACAAAAUUAGAUUACCUUUGUAAUCUAAUGAAUCUAGGCUACACAUUACCUAUAAGCAUUAGCUUUUAAUUUUGAUGUUGAGGUGGCACAAAAUACAAUGUAAAUUAUAUAGAAUAUUCAAAAUAGUUAAUAGAUACAUAAUAAUUAAAUAGUGAUAUACAUUCAAGAGUUAUUAUAUACAAAGUAAGAAAAUACAUGUGUUUAUGUUAAUAAUAAAUUACACAAUUUGUACAUUUUACUAAUAUUACACUAUAAGUAGAGGCCAGAUUUAUAUGUUCUUAAAAUUUACAAAAAAUCACUUUAAAAUAUCAAAAAACCUUAAAUAAAAUGUUUCAACAAAUGUAUAAAAAUGCAAAAAAAUAAUAAAGGGGUUCAAUAGUCCCCCCUCUAACGAAUUUAAUUUAUAAAUACAAUUUUCUAACAUCAGAAAAUGUUUAAUAAAAAGUAAUUUUUCUUUAUAAUAUUUAUGAUUUUAUUUAAAAAAAAUAAUUUUGUGUUAUUCGUUUUUGUAGUGAGUCAUUAAAAGAGGAUUUUAAAACUCCUCUAUCAUUUUUACCUUUUUAAGUGUUUUUUUUUUUUAGAGCUUUUUUUGUAGUUUUAGGCGCCUUUUUGUGAAUACUAAAAAAAUAUAAAUCCAGUCUCUAACUACAACAACAGUUUAUUUAUAUAUUUUUAAAACUUAUGACAUUAACACUUAAUUGAAUACAAAUAUGAAUUUCAACAUUUAAAGUAUUUCAUUUUCCAAAAGUGGUAUUGCAUUUAGACUUGAAAAUAAUAUACAUAGACACUGUAUAGUGUAUGCAAUGGCCAUUACUGUCAGUGCCAAGUGGCAAAUUCAAACAAUCUUUAAUAUGCUUAUUUAAUUGCAGAGAAUUAUUAAUUAAUAAUAAUACUAGUAUUAGGAUUGUAUUUAAAUCUCAUUUAUUUUUAUAUGUAUUUGAUUAAUAUUGACUGCUAUUAUGGUUCUUAAACUUUUAAACAUGAUUUGUUUAUUUGUUUUUAUCUUAUUAAUAGGUUUGUCAUUUUGAAAAUGGUACGUCGAGAUUUGAUUCACAAAUUGCCAUUACCCAGAAGACUUGUUGAUUACCUAAAUACACCACAUUAUUAUUGUGAACAAUUGUGCAGCAGUACUGACAGUAGUAAAUCCCCAACUCCCACUCCAGCUGUACAUCUAAUAUCAUUUACACCACCUUGAAUUUACCAAUAUGUUACUAUCAUGAUAAAUACUUUUUUGUUAAAUUUACCAACUUUAAUUGAUAUAAAUUAAAAUAUAUCAUAUAUAUAAUAAUAUAUGUUUAUAUUCUGAUAUUAGCGGUUAAUAAUUAAUUUAACAAUUACACUAUUUAGAAUUAAAAAUCCGUAUUCAUUGAUAAUGAAAAAAAACAACAAACUUAAUUGUAUUGUACAAAAAAUCCUAUUAUUAUAAAAUAAUAAUACAAUGUAAAAACAUAAGAGCUUAAAUUAUUGUUUGAUAUAUAAAUUAUUUACCUUUUAAUUUGAAAUCUUUAUACCUGAUUUGUUUUAUUCUGUUACAAAACUUUUCAGUUAAAUGUAUAUAAUAUUGUGGUUAUUUUUAUAUUUAAGGAACUAACAUUGUAUUGAUUUUGUAAUUGUUUUACCUUAUUAAGUGUUAACUGUAUUAUUUUGAUAACUAGUUAAACACUUAAAAUGUUUAACAUUUACUAAGCAGCAUCUGCUACUUUAAGAAUUUAUCCAUAUUUGUCUGUAUGCGCUCAGUUGUGAGUUUUGGAAUGUGGCUUUUACUAAAUGAUUAGGUAAGCUCUAAAGGAUUUCCAGUCAAAUCAGUUAACAUGUACAUACAACACUAUUUGUUUUAAUUAUUGAGAUCAUAUACUACUUUGAUACUUAUCUUUGUUCAUUGCUAAUUGAUUAAUUAUAAACUCCAAUUGAAAAAUAAAGUAUAGAUAUAUUUUAUAAAAUAAAAUAAUAAAUUAAAACUAUUUUUAAUAUUUUUUGAUAAACUUUUUAUAUUUAAUUUAUAAAUAUCAUACAAUUAAAUAAAGAAGUAGACAAAUUAAUAAAAAAUAUUUUUAUUAUUCUUUAACUGAAAUUGUAUGAACUUCUAGUAUUCAUUGUUUACAGAUUCAGAAAUAAUUUCAGUUUUGUAAAAUAAUCAAAUAAUUAUUAUGAAAAGUAAAUAUAUAAAUAUUAAACUCAAGUAUAUAUUACAAAAAUCAAUGCACUGUAAAAUCCCUGAUAUAUUUAAAUGUAUUUUUAAUUAUUAAGCAGUAAAAAAUAAUAAUUUUAAAAUUAAAUUGAAAAAAUAUACUCAUAUAAAUUAUAAUCUAUUUGGUGAAUAAUUUAUAAACAAGAAUUUAAAUUGUUCCUUCUAUUUAUUAUAAUAAACAAUUUACUAUCUCAUUCAAACAUACAUAAUACUUUAACUACUAGUUUACAUUAUUUUUAUUUAGUUCAUAGACAAAAAAAACUUAUGCUAUUAUGCCUUUACCAAUAAUUGUAUUAAUGUUUCUAAAAUCAGUUUCACAUAGUUUUUCAGAUAAUCACUACUUUGAUUAACUACUAUAAAGUUUAUUUCUGAUACUAAAUAUAAAUAGUAAGUGAAACAGUUAAUAAAAUACUACAAAAAAGAAAUUAAUAGUCUCUAGUUAUGUUUAGUUUAUGUUUGUUGGUUGGACACCUUUUUUUUUUUGUUAUCUACUUUUAAGUACCUUAUUGUGAUUUAGAGAUAACUCUAUUAUUAUAAUGAUAAAUAAACAAUGUAUGAACUUAUAAAUAUUUGUUUAGGUAACGCAUCGAGUAUAUUAAGUCAUUACUUUUAUAAAGAUAUUGAGUAGAUAUAUUAUAUUUGAGGAAUGUGUCUAGUGGUUUUAAUUUAAAAAAUAAAAUACAAAAUCCAAAAUAUAUUAAUUUUAUUUAUAUUUGCUUGUUAUUAUGUAUUUUUAAAUAUAUUUUAUUUAUUUAAAAGAUUUAUUUUAAGAUUUUUGUCUGAAAACGCUUACAAUUGUAGUGAAGUGAAGGUGAUAUUUAAAGUAAAUUAUUUCCCUAAUCACAUCUUUUUUCAUAUUUUUAGGACAUAUUAAAUAAUUUACAGUGAUUAAAACAACUAAGAUAUAACCUGUAUAAUUAUAAACCCUUUAUUUAUAGCAAAUCACAUUAAAAAAUAAUACUUUCAUAAUCUACAUGUGGCUUUCAUAUAUUCUACAAGUAAUACUAUAAUUAAACAUUCAAAUAAUUAAAUAACAUUUAAGUAAAAACUGAGUUUCAAAAAUACAUUAAUACAUAUAAAAUAUAACUUAUUAUUUCAUAAAAUAACUUAAUGGUGUAUAUACAUGAGGUUAUUUAAAAACAUUUAUAAUCAACAUGCAAUUUAAGUCAAACAUUUUAAUGACUUUACAUAAUCCUAUUAUGGAUUUAUUGGUAUUCCUAAAGUUUUCCUGACCAAUUUUUCAGCUAUUUUAUUAAACUCCUCUCGGUUCUCGCGCCACAUUUUAGCUGCAUCCACGUUUGCACCACUUUCAUCAUUUGGUUCUUAAAAAGAAUUCACAAAUAAUAUUAUAUUAAACAUAAAUUAAUAUUUAUUUAUUUAUAAUUACCGGCUAGCAUACUAAUAACAGAUAAAAGGAUUUUCUCAACACUUUGUACAGGACUCCAUCUUUCAGAACUGGAUUCAUAACCCAUGGGGUCAUCUCCAGGGGCAUGGAGAAUUGAAAUACAUACACGUCCAUCAGCAUAAACUA